UCAAAGAGGUGGGGAUGAACCAUGCAAUUUUUCUGGGACGUACAUAGUAGACGGUUUUUCAGUGUAAAUGACAAGAAACGGGGUUGUGAUUAUAGUGAAGUUAGCAGAAACAUCGGAUAAGCGGUUUUCAGUAAUUGGUGUUUUGUGUUUUUGAUUAAUGCCAAAUCCAACCUCCAAAUUUUGACGGAUACGGAUGGGUUGUUGGGUCGAAUUGGUGGUAUUUUGGUGCAUAAAUACCUGCAAUCUUUAGGAUGUCUUGAACUUCAAUGAAUAGUAGCGAGUAGCCGAGAAAAAAUCGUCAACUUGUAAUGAAAACGAAGGGGUAUUUUCGAGAUUUUUUUAUGAGAUGAAAUAACCAUAGAAAUUAUUAACUCCAAAUGUGGGAGAGAAAUAAGACUAUGGGAUAGCCCGGUAGCAGAAUGGUUCGAAGAAAUGAGAUAUUCGGUAUAAGCAUAGUCGCGCUAUUAUGUCUCUUGCUGAUAGCUUUCAGUCAGAAAGAAACGACAAACUAUCGCAGAUCUCCCAAAUAUCAACAGCUGAUUGAUUUAGAAGAGAGCUUCAGAGUCUCCAAUAAUUUUACUGUCCCGACACCAACCAUACAAGAUGUGAUCUCAAUGCAACGAAAUCUUUUACUUAGCGAAUUGCAUGACUACCAGUUUCCCGAAGGAGAUAACCUCGAAGAUUAUACAUUAUUCACUGGUGGCCAGCCAGUUAGGACCAUUAUCAUAACAACAUGGAGAUCGGGGUCUACUUUUUUGGGAGACAUCAUAAACUCCCUGCCUGGUAACUACUAUCACUACGAACCCCUGCUGGAGUACGGCAUAAUGCAGAUUCGGGGCUCUCCCCAUGCUGAAACGGCACUUCAGACACUCAGAAGAUUACUCAACUGUGAUUAUACAAGUUUAUAUAGUUAUUUGGAAUAUGGGAUGUCUCACGUUUAUUUGUUCACUCAUAAUACUCGCUUGUGGAACCAGUGUGAAAUGUAUCCACAGUAUUGUUGGAAUUACACUUUUUUGAACGAAAUGUGUAGGUUGUUUCCAUUUCAAUCGAUGAAGACUGUUAGAUUGCGUUUGUGGUUGGCGGAGAGUCUCUUAGAAGAUGAAGAAGCAUUGAGAUACGAAGAUUUGUCCCUCAAUCCUGAAGAAAUUGUUGAAGACUUGUUCGAUUUUCUCGGACUGUAUUUCCACAGAGACGUCAAAAGAUUCAUCGACUCGCACACUAGGAUCAACGUUGGAGGGGUAUCAAGUACUUUCAGAGACUCGAAAAACGCCCCUUUUCAUUGGAGGAUGGAUCUGAACUACACUGAAGUACAAUACAUCGAGGAAAAUUGUGAUGAGGCCAUGAAACUCUGGGGAUACGUCAGAUCUAAAAAUGCCAGUAGUAUGCGUGAGUUCAACCCCUUGACGGACUAUGAUAUCAAAUGAAAUGAUAUUUAAAAACGAAUAAAUUAUCAGGUUCGUUGUGAUGAUAUGUAUUUUGACAAACUUAGGAUGAAUAAUAGGGUUUAUAUUUUUUAAUAGUGUUAUUCGAAAAUCAUCAUUUUUAUGGAUGCAGGUAGAACUCAUACAUUUUUAGUUUCAAAUAUUGCGGAGAAUUAAAGUGGCUCUGAUUUCUGCAUGAUCUACACAUCUUUGUAUAAAGUAAAUUUUUUGAAAUUGACUGUUUUCUUCCUUCCUUUGAAAGAUUCCCACAUUUUUUGUAUAAAGAUGGAGAAGUAGAAAACCAAAACCUUUCUUUUCCAACAAUUAAUCUUUCCUAAAAAUAUACCUCUUUCAGUUUAUACUAGAAGUUGUUUUAAAACUAUUCUAAAGAGCUUAAGAUACUGUUAUUGGCCAAAUUGUAUUCUGAACCACAUCAACUAGAUUAAUUCGUACUUUACUAGAGCUGAAGAUUUGAUGGUAUUAACUACCAAAUAUUUCUUUAAACCAAGACUCAUUUAGCAGAAAUAGUGUGCUAGACAGGACUCCUGACUCAUGUCUUUGGGUCAUAAGUUCUGACUAUAAUGGGUGCAAGGAUAGUUUGCUACACUGGACGCCCGACUCAUGAUCUUUGGAUCAUAAGGUCUCACUAUAAUGGGUGCAGAGAUAGUGUGCAGUACUGGACGCCCGACUCAUGAUCUUUGGGCAUAAGGUCUCACUAUAAUGGGUGCAGAGAUAGUGUACUAGGCUGAUCGCCCGACUCAUGAUCUUUGGACAUAAGGUAUCACUAUAAUGGGUGCAGAGAUAGUGUGCUAGACUGGAAGCCCGGCUCAUGAUUUUUGGGUCAUAAGUUCUCAGUAUCUGGCUGAGAGAACUACAAACUGCUAUGAUACUUCCUAGGAGACUCGGGUAGUUAUUAAAAUAGCACACAUAGAGCACGAGACUAAUGGUCAUAGUUGAUAAUACCCAGGACACCAAAAUAAAAAUUGAGAACUGUUGAAUCUGGAUUCAAACAAAAAACUCUUAUUACUCGUGACAAACCAAAUCAUUGUUCACAAUACAAUUUUUAUAAUGUUUUCGAGAUGAGGAGGGCUAGAAUGUAAAAAUCCGCAAUCAUAAGAGAUACAGUGUUGCCUAAAUUAGGAAGAAAUUGAGCAGUUCAGAGUUUUUUUCAAAAUUUAAGAAAUUCCGAUUAUGUUUGAUACAUCAAACUGAUUUUUUUUCCAGUCUGAAAUUUGCCGUGGCGAAACAGUUUGAAAACUCGCAACGAGGAAAUGUGUUUUUUUUUCUGAUAUCUCCUCAAAUAACGGAUAUCAGUCCUUUUCGAAUAUCUUCGAAACCAUUAGGAAUUUUCAAAAUUUCAAAAUGACCUUUAAAUACUCUCUGAAUUGAGAAACUAUUUUCUAAUUUUUCCGACUUUGUAUCUAUGAUAAAGCAUCUUCGAUUCUAAAGACCUCUCGAUCCUAAAAUUGAAAAUGUUGAUUUUCGAUCACACAGUAUUCUCCUAUCGAUUAUUUGAUCUCACAAACAUCACGAAGUAUCUUCAACGAACCUGACUAGAUAAUUUGAAUUGGAAAAUUUUCAAUCGAUUUUUCCAAUUCACGCCAUUCUUCACUCACUGUGCUGUUACUUAGUUUUAAGAUGAAUAAGAGCUGUUCCUAUUUUUUAAACGAGCAAUGAUUUUAUCGGUGCUACCAGUUCAAUAACCUGGGAGACAAUAUUUUAUUUCUUCAUUAUACUCCUAGUAUAUUGUUAAUAUGAUUUAAAUAUUUUUAUCUUGCCCUAACAGUAGUUAAAGUGGAAUUCUCAAAUUGAGAUUUCUCGUAAAAAAGUAAUCUACAUUUUUAGUACUUUCUGAUUGAAAUGAAGUCACACAUCGCUUAAUUAUUUUUGAAAUCAUGUUGAUUCAACAUGAGGAAUUUUAUUUCUACAAAUAUUUAUAUCGAAUAAGGAUGUCAAGCUUUAAUUUUAUAUUCUUCAAUGUAUUCAUAUAUUUUUCCAUUGUGUUCUAUAGUG